GAGUGGGUGGAAAACGGCGACAUGGCGGCGUCCGCCCGAGCACUAUGCCUCUUCGACGUGGACGGGACCCUGACGGCCCCGCGACAGAAAAUUACCAAAGAAAUGGAUGGCUUUCUACAAAACUUGAGGCAGAAGAUCAAAAUUGGAGUAGUAGGCGGGUCGGACUUUGAGAAAGUGCAGGAGCAGCUGGGAAAGGAUGUGGUUGAAAAAUAUGAUUAUGUGUUUCCCGAAAAUGGCCUGGUUGCAUACAAAGAUGGGAAACUCUUGUGUAAACAGAGUAUUCAAGGUCACCUGGGUGAGGCCCUAAUCCAAGAUUUAAUCAACUACUGUCUGAGCUACAUUGCAAAAAUUAAACUCCCGAAGAAGAGGGGUACUUUCAUUGAGUUCCGAAAUGGGAUGUUGAACGUGUCCCCGAUUGGGAGAAGCUGCAGCCAAGAAGAACGCGUUGAGUUUCACGAACUCGAUAAAAAAGAAAAUAUCAGACAGAAGUUCGUAGCAGAACUGCAGAAGGAGUUUACAGGAAAAGGCGUCACAUUCUCCAUAGGAGGCCAGAUCAGCAUUGAUGUCUUUCCUGACGGCUGGGACAAGAGGUAUUGCCUGAGACAUGUGGAAAAUGACGGCUAUAAGACCAUCUAUUUCUUUGGGGACAAAACCAUGCCAGGCGGGAAUGACCACGAGAUCUUCGCCGACCCGAGGACCGUGGGCUACACGGUGACGGCCCCCGAGGACACCCGCAGGAUCUGUGAAGAGCUGUUCUCCUAACGGCCCCUUUCCCGAGGGAGGGC